AUGGGAGUGGCAGGGUGGAGCGGGUAGGAAACAGCAAAUGCAGAAGCUGCUGCGCGGGAGUCGGCCAUGGACUGGAAAGAAGUUCUUCGCCAGUGCUUAGCGACGCCCAACACCCGUCCAAACAAAAAAAAAAGUGAACAAGAAUUAAAAGAUGAAGAAAUGGAUUUAUUUACAAAAUAUUACUCUGAAUGGAAAGGAGGUAGAAAAAACACAAAUGAAUUCUAUAAGACCAUUCCCCGGUUUUAUUAUAGGUUGCCUGCUAAAGAUGAAGUCUUACUGCAGAAAUUAAGAGAGGAAUCAAGAGCUGUCUUUCUACAAAGAAAAAGCAGAGAACUGUUAGAUAAUGAAGAAUUACAGAACUUAUGGUUUUUGCUGGACAAACACCAGACACCACCUAUGAUUGGAGAGGAAGCGAUGAUCAAUUACGAAAAUUUUUUGAAGGUUGAUGAAAAGUCUGGAGCAAAGUAACAAUUUUUCACAGCAAAAGUCUUCGCUAAACUCCUUCAUACAGAUUCAUAUGGAAGAAUUUCCAUCAUGCAGUUCUUUAAUUAUGUCAUGAGAAAAGUUUGGCUUCAUCAGACAAGAAUAGGACUCAGUUUAUACAAUGUCGCUGGGCAGGGGUACCUUCGGGAAUCUGAUUUAGAAAACUACAUAUUGGAACUUAUCCCUACAUUGCCACAAUUAGAUGGUCUGGAAAAAUCUUUCUACUCCUUUUAUGUUUGUACAGCAGUUAGGAAGUUCUUCUUCUUUUUAGAUCCUCUAAGAACAGGAAAGAUAAAAAUUCAAGAUAUUUUAGCAUGCAGCUUCCUAGAUGAUUUAUUGGAGCUAAGGGAUGAGGACCUGUCCAAGGAGAGUCAAGAAACAAAAUGGUUUUCUGCUCCUUCUGCCCUAAGAGUUUAUGGCCAGUACUUGAAUCUUGAUAAAGAUCACAAUGGCAUGCUCAGUAAAGAAGAACUCUCACGCUAUGGAACAGCUACCAUGACCAAUGUCUUCUUAGACCGUGUUUUCCAGGAGUGUCUCACUUAUGAUAGAGAAAUGGACUAUAAGACCUACUUGGACUUUGUCCUUGCAUUAGAAAAUAGAAAGGAACCUGCAGCUCUACAGUAUAUUUUCAAAUUGCUUGAUAUUGAGAACAAAGGAUAUCUGAAUGUCUUUUCACUUAAUUAUUUCUUUAGGGCCAUACAGGAACUAAUGAAAAUCCAUGGACAAGAUCCUGUUUCAUUUCAAGAUGUCAAGGAUGAAAUCUUUGACAUGGUAAAACAAAAGGAUCCUUUGAAAAUCUCUCUUCAGGAUUUAAUCAACAGUAAUCAAGGAGACACAGUUACCACCAUUCUAAUUGAUUUGAAUGGCUUCUGGACUUAUGAGAACAGAGAAGCUCUUAUUGCAAAUGACAGUGAAAACUCUGCAGACUUUGAUGAUACAUGAUCUCUGAAAGACUAGAUUGUCUUCAGUAAGAGAUAUUUGAAUGCUGCAUGUAAAGCCUUUAAAGCAAAAUCCUUAGAAGUGGUCAAAAUAAAACACUUAUAUAUGUCUAGA